AUGGAUAUUAAUUUAAUAAAGCAAUACAUAAAUUCAUCAUUACCAAAUGAUAAAGAAUCAUUAAUUCAAUACUAUGGUCAAUUAAAACAAAUUUUAAAUGCAUUAAGUGAUAAAGAACAACAACAACUUUUAAAUAAUAAUGGAAAAAUUAGUGAACAACAACAACUUUCAAUUGAAAAUAACUAUAAAGUAAUUGGUUCAAUUGAAGAGAAAAUGAAAUCAAUUGAACAUCUUUUUAAUAAUUUAGAUGUAUCUGAUUCUAAUAAUAAUAAUAGCACAUCACCUGUAUUUAUAUCACUUGAUAAUCAAAACACAGUAAAUAAUAAUAAUAAUAAUAAUAAUAAUAAUAAUAAUAAUAAUAAUAACAACAACAAUAAUAAUAAUAAUAGUUUAGCACCCACAGUUAUAUUAGAUAACAAUGAUAAUAAAAAAACUGCUGAAAUUAUCUUACCUGAUCAUCACAAUAACACACCACAACAACAACCAGAACAACAAGUACAACAACAACAAGUACAACAACAACAACAAGUGCAACAACAACAACAGCAACCAGAACAACAACAACAACAUCUUACAGAAGAGCAAAUUCAAAAACAACAACAAUCACAAGCAUCAAUUCAACAAGCAAUCGCUAAUAUGGGCGAGAAAAAAAGAAGUUCAUCACGUCAUUCAGGUCCACCAGAAAUUCCACCAGAAGAGAUUAAAUUUGAUGUUAAAACAGAUUUAUUAGGUGGUGGUGCAUAUGGUAAAGUUUAUAAAGCAACUUGUAGAGGUAAAAAGGUUGCUGUAAAAGUACCAAAGAAACAAACUUUAAGUGAAUCUGAAUUAAAAUCUUUUAAAAAUGAAGUUGAAAUUAUGAAGCAAAUUUUUCAUCCAAAUGUAGUUUUAUGUUUAGGUGCGUGUACCAAACCAGGUAAAGUUAUGAUUGUAUCAGAAUUAAUGCAAACUGAUUUAGAAAAGUUAAUUCAUUCAUCAGAGGUUGAACCACCACCAUUAUAUGAAAGAAUGAAAAUGUGUCUUGAUGCUGCAUUAGGUAUUAAUUGGCUACAUGGUAUUUGUAAUAUUAUACAUAGAGAUUUAAAAUUAGCAAAUUUAAUGAUUAGUAAAGAUAAAACAGUUAAAAUUGGAGAUUUUGGAUUUAGUCAAGUUAUUAAAACAGGUACAACAUUAUCAGAUCAAAAAGGACCAAAAGGUACAGCACUUUAUAUGGCACCAGAAGUAAUGAUGAAACAUGAAUUCAAUGAAAAAGCAGAUGUAUAUAGUUUUGGUUUAAUUCUUUAUGAAAUGGCAACAUGUGAAGAAUUAUUCCCAGAGUAUUCAGAGAUCGAUCCAUUCUAUGACGCAAUUUGUAAUAAAAAAUUAAGACCACCAAUACCAGAUAGUUUCCCAAAAUCUUUAAAAACUUUAAUACAAAAAUGUUGGGAUCAUGAUCCAAAUAAGAGACCAUCUUUCAAUGAAGUCACUCAAAGAAUGAAUGAAGUAUUAACUGAUACUGCCAUCUCUGGUUUAGAUGCUGCUAUGUUUUGGAAAUAUAAUUUCAUUAAACCUGAAUCAGAAUCUGUACCUUGGAAUGAAUUUGUUUAUAAAUUAUCAAGUGUUGUUAAUCUACCAACUCAAGUUCUAUCACCAUUAGCUCAAUUAUUUGUAUCACAAUCAUAUGAAGAAGAAAUUGGAGGUGUAGUUACAAUGGAAAGAUUUGACCUAAUGAAUAAAUGGUUUGGUAACUUUUUUAAUUCAAAGUAUGGACCAGCAAUUUUAUAUGAAAUGAUUGAACUUUUAAAAAAGAGAUGGUUCCAUUUCGAUAUUAGUAGAGAUAUUUCAGAGAAAAGAUUAAGAGGUAGACCAGAAAAUACUUUCUUACUUAGAUUAUCAGCAAAUGAUCCAAUCAAAACACCAUUUACGAUUUCAAAAACAAAAGGUUCAAAACCAACUCAUAAACGUGUUUCUCGUGAAGAUGUUCAAAUAAAUGAAAUUAAACAAUUUCCAAUGGGUUAUAAAUUUACUGUGCCACUCGACGGUAAUGAAUUGGUUUUUGGUUCCAUCACUCAAAUGGUUGAAGAAUUACAUAGAAUUGGUAAUCUAUCAAUUCCAUGUCCAAUCACUGAAAUUAAAGUACCUUAUUUAACUGAUUAA